AUGUCCACUUCCGGGUAUAUGAACCCCAGCAACACCCGCCUCCCACACAUCUCCGACAUCAUGUCCACUUCCAGAUACACGGACCCCGCCAACGCCCGCCUCCCGCCCAUCUCCGUAACACAAUCCCCCGCUGGCAACGAUACAUCUGCUGCAAGCAGAAAUCUCAAAUGUUCAAUUGCGCAGAUUCUUAAUCCUGCAGUCCCUGCUAUAUCCGAUAUUCACGAGCUGUCUGCGAGCGUCGACAACUCGGGGAUUCCUUCCAGGUCUGGGGCAGAGCUUUGCGCACCUUCUAGUUCACGUGGGGACCCAAUGAUUCUCGACCCCCCCUCAUCUUCUUCGAACGCUCAAGCUCCACCCACCACCAUACAACCAUUGAUGGUCGUGAUCCUCCCCGCCCCUGGCCUCACACCCCGCGACGCCCGCCACCUCACAAACCUCAACCUCGCUCUGUCGACCCACGCGGUACGCCGCAACUACGAGCGCCUCCACGACGCGCUGCUGUGCCUGGACUAUGCGCUCAAGCGCGCGCCGUAUACCAAUACCGCUAUCUAUCAGCCGUUACUCGACGCGUGGAUGCGCUACAAGGACCGGUAUCUGGAGUAUGAGAGUGAGAUGAUUAGGCUACGGCUUAUCCCUGAGCCUUAUUGGUAUACGGUGUUGAGGAAUAGGGUGUUGGUGAGGAAUGUGUGGGCGGGGUGGGUGCCGGGGAUGUUGGUGGGGAGGGGGGAGGGGGGGAUGAGGGGGCCGGGGGGGAAGAGGGUGGAGAUGGAUGUGGUGGUGGGGAGGGCGUUGGCAAAUAUGGUUUUUCCAGUGGAGGUGCAGAGGGGGGGAUAG